UCUCCUGAGUUUCCUCAGUACGAAAGGAAUCUCGUUUUCCUGAAAGUGCGAAAAUACAGCAAAAUCAAAACAAAAAACAAUUUUAAAUAAAAAAAAACGUUUUUUUGAAUCUUUUUGUUCUCCGAAAUUCCGAAUCGCCCUACAACAAGCCGAUCCGUUCGAUCCUUUCCAAUGGAGAUCGACUCGGGUCAGAUUAGUUCGUGUUCUAAACAGAACCAGAUGAUCUAUCAGGAGUGGUUCAAUUUCGCUGAUUCAGAUUCCGAUGGCCGCAUUACUGGAAAUGACGCCAUAAAGUUCUUCUCCAUGUCCAAUUUGCCUCGCCCGGAUCUCAAACAGGUGUGGGCAAUUGCAGAUACCAAACGACAGGGUUUUCUUGGUUUAAAAGAGUUCAUUACUGCCAUGCAGCUAGUUUCCCUGGCACAAGCUGGACAUGCAAUCACACAGGAUCUCCUGCACAGUGAAGUUGACUUGGGAAACUUAAAUCCCCCUCAAAUGGAAGGCUUGGCUGCGUUACUAGCUAAGAAAAAGCGUGCACACAAAACAAGUGAUCCUGAUAUAAAUGGUAGUUCUCAACCACAGCCAUCACCAACUGCUAGUUGGUUCACUUCAAAAUCUUCGAAGAAGGUACCUCUAUCUUCCGUUACAUCAAUAAUUGAUGGCUUGAAGAGGUUGUACAUUCAGAAGCUAAAGCCAUUAGAGGUUACAUAUCGUUUUAACGAUUUUGCAUCCCCCUUGUUGACAAAUAGCGAUUUUGAUGCCAAACCUAUGGUUAUGCUUUUGGGUCAAUACUCAACUGGAAAAACUACUUUCAUUAAACAUCUGCUGAAGAGUAGUUAUCCAGGAGCACACAUUGGACCUGAACCUACUACUGACAGAUUCGUUGUCGUUAUGUCUGGACCUGAUGAAAGAAGUAUUCCUGGAAACACAAUUGCUGUUCAAGCAGACAUGCCUUACAGUGGUCUGACAACUUUUGGAACGGCAUUUUUGUCCAAAUUCGAGUGUUCUCAAAUGCCGCAUCCUCUACUGGAGCACAUCACGUUUGUGGAUACUCCUGGAGUUCUAUCAGGAGAAAAGCAACGAACACAGCGAGCCUACGAUUUUACUGGUGUAACAUCAUGGUUUGCUGCAAAGUGUGACCUCAUUCUACUGCUGUUUGAUCCUCAUAAACUUGAUGUUAGUGAUGAAUUCAAGCGUGUGAUUUCAUCUCUUCAUGGCCAUGAUGACAAGAUACGUGUGGUUCUGAACAAGGCGGACCAAGUGGAUACUCAGCAACUUAUGAGGGUUUAUGGAGCACUGAUGUGGUCACUUGGGAAGGUUCUAAAUACUCCUGAGGUUAUGCGUGUUUAUAUUGGCUCUUUCAACGACAAACCUGUAAAAGAAGCUGCUGUUGGUCCAAUUGGGAAAGAACUUUUUGAAAAAGAGCAGGAAAACCUUCUUUCUGAUUUAAAAGAUAUCCCCAAGAAGGCUUGUGAUCGCCGAAUCAAUGAAUUUGUAAAACGGGCCCGAGCUGCCAAGAUUCAUGCCUACAUCAUCAGCCAUCUAAAGAAGGAGAUGCCUACUAUGAUGGGCAAAGCCAAGACUCAGCAGAGGCUUAUUGACAAUCUGGAAGAUGAAUUUGCAAAGGUCCAGAGGGAGUUCCAUCUGCCGGCGGGGGAUUUCCCGAACGUUGACCAUUUCAGGGAGGUACUGAGUGGUUACAGCAUAGACAAAUUUGAGAGGUUGAAGCCUAAAAUGAUACAAACCGUAGAUGACAUGUUGGGUUAUGACAUCCCGGAGCUCCUGAAGAGUUUCAGAAAUCCAUACGAUUAAAUGGAUGCGGGCAGUUCUAUGAGAUACAUAUCUUGGAUGAAGACCCAAGUGACUGGAGGCAUGUACAGAGCCACCCUGCUUCCCUUCCAUUGAUAUUUUGAAACUUGUCUGAGCAGUUCCUUGGCUCCUCCAUGAUGUCAGUCAGUAUCAUAUGAAUUAUCACUCCUUUCCCUUUCAUCAGAGGAUUAAGUUGUAGUAGAUAUUGUUUUCUUUUAUUUUGUCAUACACAGGCAAUGGAAUAAUGAUCAUCUUCAUAAUAUCAUGAAUUCAAAGUCAUUCUAAAAAUUUGAUU